GUGUCACGUUAUAGAGUAACAGUGCUAUGGCAAAGCAGGGCUGUGUGGUUAACAGAAAGAGCUCAGUGCUGGGAGACACAAGACCUGAUUUUUUCAGCUCUGCCGCUAACUAGUUAUGUGAUGCUGGGAAAUAGUGGCUUGGAAAUGGACAUGCUCAAGGACCUUGAGUCCCUGCAGUUUGAGUAUGGGGUUCCAGAGGAAGAUCGUAUCUGGCUGUAUUUGCAGGGCCGUUCUCGGGGACUGAUGAUCGAGGCUUGUGCCCAUGCAACCUUCUUCUGCAAACUGUUAUAUAAUUUGAGAGCAUCAUUAAAUGAGAAUCAAAAUUCCAGACAACUCUCAAUUGUAUCACUCAAUGCAGCCACUACUGAAGAGUUAAAGGUGGGCAUCAUUGGAGGAGGCCACCUUGGGAAGCAGCUGGCUCACACACUGUUGCAGCUCGUCCCCAUCCCUGCUGAAUGUCUGCGGAUCUCCACUCGGAGGCCAGAGACUCUGGGUGAGCUCCAGAAGCUGAAAAUCAAGUGCUUUUACCAAAAUGCUAAUCUGGUGAGUUGGGCCGACGUGAUAUUCCUCUGCUGCUUGCCAUCUCAGCUGCCUAGUAUCUGCUUAGAAAUUCAAACCAGCCUUUCAAAGACCAGCAUUGUGUACAGCUUUGUAGCUGCCAUCCCACUACCCAGGUUGAAACUACUGCUGAGCCACACCAAUAUCUUGCGGCCUCAGUAUCGGUUUGGGGAAGAUUCUGUCAACAUCUGGGGGGCCAAUAAGGAAAUCGUCGCUGCUCUCCAAGAUCCUACCAUUCUUCAAGCUACCUGUCCAUACAGUCCUGCUGGGGGAAUAAUCCUCAAUAUCAAGUGGUUGGAGGGAGUGUUCUAUGCAGUCCUAAACAUAUGCACGGCAAGAAACAUGGCCCACUCCCAAGUGCUGCAGCUUCUGAGUGACCUCUUUCUCUCCAUGCACUUUGAAGACUGUGGGAAAGACGCAGCAUCUUGCCCAAAGUUUCAGUUAACAGAUUUUGUCAGCAAAGCCUAUGGCAAGAACUUGUCUCAGGAAAGCUUCCAACCUGGCAACCACUAAUGUGUUCUUCAUUCCUAUAAUUUUGUCAUUUCGAGAAUGUUAUAUAAAUGGAUUCAUAUGUAUGUGACCUUUUGGGGCUGCCUUUUUUCAUUCAGCGUAAGUCUCUGGAGAUUCAUCCAAGUUGUUGUGUGUAUGAAUAGUUGGCAUUUAUUGCUGAAUAGUAUUCCACAGCAUGGCUGUAUCACAAUUUGUUUAACCAUUCAUCUGUUGAAGGACAUCUGGGUUUUUGGCUAUUAGGAAUAAGGGUGUUAUGAAUAUUCAUGUAUAGGCUUUUAUGGGAACAUAAGUGUUCACUUACCUGGAAUGAAUGCCCAGGAGUGUAAGUAUUGUCAUUUGGUAGUUGCAUAUUUAUUUUUUUAAGAGACUGCCAAAAUGUUUUUCACAGUAGUACCAUUUUAUAUUAUCACUAGCAAUGUAUGAUCCAGUUUCUCUGCAUCCUCAUCAGCAACUGGUGUUGUCAAGAAUUUUUAUUUUAUGAUUCUAUAGAUCAAUUUUUGGAAGACUGACAUCUUAAUUUUGUUGAGUUUCCCCAUUCAUUAAUAUAGUAUGUCUCUCUAUCUAAAUAUUCUUUGAUUUCAUCAGCAUUUUAUAGUUUCCAUUAUGCAAGUCUUGUAUACAUGUUUUACUGGAUUUACAUCUAAGUAUGUCAUUUUUUGGAGGGAUAAACGAAAUAGCAUUUUAAGUUUUGGUGUCCACAUGUUUAUCACUAUUAUACGUAAACACAAUUGGUAUUUGUAUGUUAAUUUUGUAUCCUACAACCUUGCUAAUUUCAUUAGUUCUAGGAGGUUUUAAAAAUAGAUUCCUUGGGCUGGGUGCAGUGGCUCAUGCCUGUAAUCCCAGCACUUUGCGAGGCUGAGGUGGGCGGAUCACGAGUUCAGGAGAUUGAGAGCAUCCUGGCUAACACGGUGAAACCCCAUCUCCACUAAAAGUACAAAAAAUUAGCUGGGCAUGGUGGCAGGUGCCUGUAAUCCCAGCUACUUGGGAGGCUGAGGCUGGAGAAUUGCUUGAAGUUGGGAGGCAGAGGUUGCAGUGAGUCGAGAUCAUGCCACUGCACUCCAGCCUAGGCAACAGAGCGAGACUAUGUCUCAAAAAAAAAAAAAAAGAUUCAUUGGAGUUUUCUACAUAGAUAAUGAUGUCAUAUAUAAAUAGGCAAUUUCAUUUCUUCCUUUCCAACCUUCAUGCCUUUUAAUUUCCUUUUCUUGCCUUAUGGCACAGCCUAGAACUUCUAGUACUAUGUUUUAUAAGACUGGUGAGAGCAGAUAUUUUGCCUUAGCCUUACUCCUGAUUUUUUUGUUUUUGUUUUUGUUUUGAGAUGGAGUUUCACUCUUGUUGCCCAGACUAGAGUGCAAUGGCACGAUCUCGGCUCACUGCAGCCUGGUUCAUAUGAUUCUCCUGGGUUCAAGUGAUUCUCCUGCCUCAGCCUCCCGAGUAGCUGAGAUUACAGGCAUGAGCCACCACGCCCAGCUAAUUUUUUCUAUUUUUAGUAGAGAUGGGGUUUCACCAAAUUGGCCAGGCUGGUCUGACCUUGUGAUCCACCCACCUCGGCCUCCAAAAGUGCUGGGAUUACAGGUGUGAGCCACCGGCCCGGCCUUGAUUUUUUUUUUUUUUAUUGCAUUUUAAGUUUUGGGGUACAUGUGCAGAACAUGCAAGAUAGUUGCAUAGGUACACACAUGGCAGUGUGUUUUGCUGCCGUCUUCACCUUCACCCACAUUUGGCAUUUCUCCCCAAGCUAUCCCCCACCGCCGCUGUCCCUCCACUAUACCCCCAGUAGACCCCAGCGUGUAGUACUCCCUUCCUUGUGUCCAUGUGUUCUCAUUUUUCAUCACCCGCCUAUGAGUGAGAAUAUGCGGUAUUUCAUUUUCUGUUCUUGUGUCAGUUUGCUGAGAAUGAUGUUCUCCAGAUUCAUCCAUGUCCCUACAAAGGACACAAACUCAUCCUUUUUGAUUGCUGCAUAAUAUUCCAUGGUGUAUAUGUGCCACAUUUUCCCAAUCCAGUUUAUCAUGGAUGGGCAUUUGGGUUGGUUCCAGGUCUUUGCUAUUGUAAACAGUGCUGCAGUGAACAUUCGUGUGCAUGUGUCCUUAUAGUAGAAUGAUUUAUAGUCCUUUGGAUAUAUACCCAGUAAUGGGAUUGCUGGGUCAAAUGGAAUUUCUAUUUCUAAGGCCUUGAGGAAUCGCCACACUGUCUUCCACAAUGGUUGAACUAAUUUACACUCCCACCAACAGUGUAAAAGUGUUCCUAUUCCUCCACAUCCUCUCCAGCAUCUGUUGUCUCCAGAUUUUUUAAUGAUCGCCAUUCUAACUGGAGUGAGAUGGUAUCUCAAUGUGGUUUUGAUUUGCAUCUCUCUAAUGACCAGUGAUGAUGAGCAUUUUUUCAUAUACUUGUUGGCCUCAUGUAUGUCUUCUUUUGUAAAGUGUCUGUUCAUAUCCUUUGCCCAUUUUUGAAUGGGCUUGUUUGUUUUUUUCCUGUAAAUUUGUUUGAGUUCUUUGUAAAUUCUGGAUAUCAGCCCUUUGUCAGAUGGGUAAACUGCAAACAUUUUUUUUCCCAUUCUGUUGGUUGUUGAUUCACUCUAGUGACUGUUUCUUUUGCCGUGCAGAAGCUGUGGAGUUUGAUCAGGUCCCAUUUGUCUAUUUUGGCUUUAGUUGCCAAUGCUUUUGGUGUUUUGGUCAUGAAGUCCUUGCCUACUCCUAUGUCCUGAAUGGUUUUGCCUAGAUUUUCUUCUAGCGUUUUUAUGGUGCCAGGUCUUAUGUUUAAGUCUUUAAUCCAUCUGGAGUUAAUUUUAGUGUAAGGUGUCAGGAAGGGGUCCAGUUUCUGCUUUCUGCACAUGGCUAGCCAGAUUUCCCAACACCAUUUAUUAAACAGGGAGUCCUUUCCCCAU